AUGACGUCGUAUCCUCGCCCAGACUUUGAACGCAACCCCCUUCGUUGGGAGACCCUCAACGGACAAUGGGACUUUCUCUUUGACGACGCCGACACUGGCCUCGCAGAGAACUGGCAGCGCACCGGCCUUCCUGAAAAGGUCAGCGUCACCACCUCCAACAUGCGCGAGGGCGCCUCGGCAGAGAGCGACAGCGUCGUCCAGAAGAUCGUGGGCGACACCCAGGCCCUGAUCCAGAACAAUGUCUUUUCCGCCUCGUCUCAGACGACAAACUCCAAGACCAAGAUCAAGGUCCCUUUUGUGUUCCAGUCUCCUGCCUCGGGCAUCAAUGAGCGAGGUGUUCAUGAGGUGCUGUGGUACGAGCGUGCCAUUUCUGACCUGCGGAGUGCGCAGGAGAAGGAGCAGGGACAUCGCCUUGUCUUGAGGUUUGGUGCUGUCGACUAUGAGGCCACUGUCUGGCUAAAUGGAGAGUACAUUGGUGGUCAUCGUGGUGGACAUGUUCCCUUCGAGAUUGACGCCACUGACGCUGUGAACGCUGCUGGACAGUCGUCCGCUCACCGUCUGACCAUCCGCGUCUACGACUCGGCCUAUGACUUGACACAGCCGCGAGGCAAGCAAUACUGGGGUGCCAAGCCCGAGAGUAUCUUCUACACGCCCUCGGGUGGUAUCUGGCAGUCAGUCUGGCUGGAGGUUGUUCCCUCAGCUCGCAUCGCCGAUAGUUCAUCCGGCACCGUCAUCAAGUCCAACGACAUCAACGGAGGGCAGCUCCGCAGUACCAUUGUUACCAAAGGCAGGCGAGUUGGCAAGAGCUACAGCGUUGAGCUCGAGGCUAGCUUUGCUGGUGUUCCUGUAGCCAAGUCAGAGAAGAAAGCUCUCCCCCGGGAGACCGACACUGUUGCAGUUGAUUUGAGCGUGCGUCUAUCCGAAGAGCAGAGGUCCAAGCUGCCUCAGUCCGUUCUCCAAGAUGCACCUCUCGAUAAUGGUUCCUGCUGGCGGGAUGGUGUUGCUCUCUGGUCUCCUGAACAUCCUCAGCUCUACGACCUCGUCAUUCGACUCUACGACGGCUCUGACAAGGUCAUUGACGAAGUCAAGACCACCACUGGUAUGAGGUCUAUCGAUUGGACCAAGGGCGAUGGUCUCUGGAGACUCAAUGACAAGCCUUACUUCCAAGCUCUAUGCUUGGACCAGGGCUACUGGCCCGACACAUUCAUGACGCCCCCAACUCCAGAGAGUCUCAAGACUGACAUUGAGCUUGCGAAGAAGAUGGGUCUCAACGGUUGCAGAAAGCAUCAGAAGGUUGAGGAUCCCCUCUUUUACUACUGGGCCGACAAGCUUGGCUAUCUCGUCUGGGGCGAGAUGGCCAACGCCUACCAGUUCAGCCAGGAGUACGUGGAGCGCUUCAACGCUGAGUGGACUGAGGCUGUGAAGCUGGUUAUUAACCAUCCAUCCGUCGUGACGUGGACUCCUGUCAACGAGAGCUGGGGCUACGGGUCUCUGAAGGACAAUGUCGAUCAGCGUAACCACAUCCGACAACUCUACUACCUGACCAAGAGUCUUGACAACACUCGAAGCAUCAACGACAACUGCGGCUGGGAGCACGUCAUCACUGACCUCACAACCUUCCACGACUACAGCGACGGCCCAGAGCUCGAAAAGACAUGUGCUAGCCUCGACCUCAUCACGGGCCAAAAGGCCGGCCGAGACAUGUUUGUGCCUGCCAUCCCUGGCGUCGAGGAGGGUGCAAAGCACAAGCCCGGCGCACCAGUCAUGAACACCGAGUUUGGCGGAGUCAACAUUGCCCCGGCCAAGAAGGAAGACGGAGAGGAGAACCGCGACUGGGGAUACACGACGGCGACUAACCCCGAUGACCUGGUCAAGAGGAUCGAUAGACUCGUCAGGGGUACGAUUGAGGGAGGAUACUGCUGCGCCUUUGUCUACACACAGCUUGCCGAUAUUGAGCAAGAGGUCAACGGUCUAUACACCUUCAACCGCGAGGAAAAGUUGGACUCGACCAAGGUCAAGGCGCUCAUCACGAAUGCGAUCCAGACUUUUUACAACAGGGUCAACAAGGCUUGA